AUGGAUGGACAUCAGAAUGGAGAGAGUCGCGUCAAGCGUAAAGAACACCCAAGCUCUGCUCAAGACAGACCUCUGAAACAGCUCAGAUCUACAGAAGAGCCCGUCAAUGGCUUUGCACACGAUGAAGAAGACGUCGAAGCACAACCCGUCAUGCAUGCCGCUACCACCGACUCGGUAGAAUGGCAGCGUACCAUCGAGACUGUCGUUUCAAAGGUCGUCUCUAUCCACUUCUGCCAAACGAGCGCAUUCGACACCGACCCGGCCUUGUCAAGCGAAGCAACGGGUUUCGUCGUUGACGCUGAGAGAGGUUACAUCUUGACCAACAGACACGUUGUUGGCUCCGGUCCCUUCUGGGGAUACUGCAUCUUCGACAACCACGAGGAGUGCGAUGUCUACCCCGUCUACCGCGAUCCCGUCCACGACUUUGGUUUCCUCAAAUUCGACCCCAAGGCCAUCAAGUACAUGAAGCUUGCACCCAUCGAACUCCGCCCCGACCUUGCACGUAUUGGUGCCGAGAUCAGAGUUGUUGGUAACGAUGCCGGAGAGAAGCUCAGUAUCUUGUCCGGUGUCAUCUCGAGAUUGGACAGAAACGCCCCAGAAUACUCUGAGGGAUACUGCGAUUUCAACACAAACUACAUCCAAGCUGCUGCUGCUGCCAGUGGAGGAAGUUCGGGCAGUCCUGUCGUCAACGUUGAAGGUUAUGCUGUCGCUCUGCAGGCUGGUGGAAGGCAAGAUGGUGCUGCAACAGACUACUUCUUACCUUUGGAUCGACCAUUAAGAGCUCUGGAGCUGGUUAGAAAGGGAGAACACGUCACAAGAGGAAGUAUUCAAACACAAUUCCUCAUCAAGCCUUUUGAUGAGUGCCGCAGACUUGGUCUAACCUCUGAGCGUGAAGCCGAGGUUCGCGCAAAGUUCCCGAAGGAGACUGGUAUGCUGGUCGCUGAGGUCGUUCUGCCCAAGGGACCCGCAGACGACAAGAUUGAGGAUGGCGAUGUCCUGAUCAAGGUCAAUGACGAGCUUCUGACGCAAUUCGUCCGCCUGGAUGACAUCCUGGACUCGAGCGUUGGAGGUCAAGUCAAGAUGCUGGUGCAACGAGGAGGUGAAGAGUUCGAGGUUACCAUCAACGUUGGUGAUUUGCACGCAAUUACUCCGGAUCGUUAUGUGUCAGCCGCAGGUGCUCUCUUCCACGAACUUUCAUACCAACAGGCCCGCUUCUACGCCGUUACACUAAAGGACAAUGGUGUCUACUGCUGCGAGUCAGGUGGCUCUUUCAGGUUCGAGGGCUGCGAAUUUGGUUGGCUGGUCCAGUCUAUCGACAACAAGCCUACUCCUAACCUCGAUGCUUUUGUUGAAGUCAUGAAGGUAAUUCCUGAUCGCGCUCGUGUCGUUGUCACUUACAAGCACCUUCGCGACAUGCACACCCUCAACACAUCUAUCAUCUCUGUCGACAGACAUUGGCACAGAAAAAUGUCUCUUCAUGUCAGAAACGACAAGACCGGUCUGUGGGACACUACUACUCUCGCAGAGCAACUUCCUCCUGUCGAUCCCCAACCGAAGAAGGCAAACUUUAUUCAAAUGGCCGGCGCACAACACCCUGCAGCUGUAGAUAUCGUGCGAAGCUUUGUCAGAGUCUCGGUAAGCUUGCCGCUCCGUCUGGAUGGAUUCCCCAAAGGAAGAAAGAUUGGAUUUGGUCUGGUCAUCGACGCUGAGAAGGGUCUCGUCCUCGUGUCGCGCGCGAUCGUACCUUACGACAUGUGUGAUAUCACCAUCACUGUGGCCGAUUCAAUCAUUGUUGAUGGAAAGGUCGUUUUCAUGCACCCUCUACAGAACUAUGUCGUCUUGCAGUAUGACGCCAGCCUUGUGCAAGCCCCAGUCAAAUCGGCCAAACUCGCAACCACACCCAUGAAGCAAGGAGAGAGCACUAUAUUCUUCGGCUUCAACCAGAACCUGAGACCAGUGGUUGCCAAGACUGCUGUCACCGACAUCACCUCUGUUGCCAUCCCGGCGAGCACCACAACCCCAAGAUACCGCGCUGUCAAUCUGGACGCUAUUACAGUAGACACUAGCUUGUCAGAGCGCUGUGGAAGUGGUGUUCUCGUUGCCGAAGAUGGCACAGUACAAGCCUUGUGGAUGACUUACCUUGGUGAGCGUACGGCCAACGGACGUGACCAGUCAUACCACCUCGGUAUGUCUACAUCUGCCCUCCACGCAGUCGUUGACGACAUCAAGAAUGGUGACAGGCCUCAAUUGCGCAUUCUCAACCUUGAGACGCACAUCAUGCAAAUGAGUGAGGCUCGUAUCCAUGGUCUGUCUCAGGAGUGGAUCGAUAGAGUCGAGAAGGAGGAUCCCGAGAGACAUCAACUGUUCAUCGUCCGCAAAGUCGACUCUGACCAUGUUGGUGGCUUGAUGGAGGGCGACAUUGUUCUUACUCUCAAUGGCCGUCUCGUCACUCGUGUCACAGACUUUGAUGUCAUGUACAGAAACGAGUACCUUGACGCAGUCAUCCUCCGCAAGCAAGAAGAGAUCAAGCUCAAGGUCUCAACCGUGCCGACGCAUGAGUUCGAGACGGACAGAGCUGUCGUCUUCUGUGGUGCUGUCCUACAUCGUCCUCACCACGCCGUGCGACAACAAAUUAAGAAAGUGCACUCCGAUGUGUACAUCUCGCUGCGCAUCGCAGGUUCGCCAGCAUACAUGUACGGUCUUGCACCCACAAACUUCAUCACACACGUUAACGGUGUGCCUACACCCGACCUUGACAAGUUCGUCGAGGAGACCAACAAGAUCCCCGAUAACACUUACUUCCGUCUGAAGAUUGUGACAUUUGACAACCAACCUUGGGUCGCGACUCUGAAGAAGAACGAGCACUACUUCCCCACUGUCGAGUUCUUGAAGGAUCCCAGCGAAAAGGAAGGAUGGAGAAGAGUUACAUAUGAGCAAGGCAAGGUCAAGGCCGGUCAGGGCGAUUUGCCCGAGGCCGCCCAAGAAGCCGUGCCUGGUGAUGUUGAGAUGCCUGAUGAAGGGCCAAUGGUCUAG